ACAUAACAGAGGCAAGGUGCCCCACUGUGAAUUUCCAGCUCAUCAUGCGACUCCAGUAUAAAACACACACCGUAGCAGUCAGACACGUCAAGCAUCCAGUGAGCGAGCAGCUUGGAGUCAGACACACGGGCGCACCAGGGCAUCAUCUGUACUCACAGUACCUCUUUUAGGACUGACACGGGAACACACGCAUUUAAAAGGGGCCGUCCUUUCCUGCUCGCACACUCAUUUGGUGUGUUUAAGAAGAUUUAAGAAGAGAAAUGGACUUCAUUCUGCCACCCUCCUUGCCAGAUGGUGGGAUCCCAUGGGAGAAGGUUUUACCAACUCUUAUUCCUCGGCAGAAUGGGAUUUAUGGACAAUAUAAUUGGUCGCCAAAAUUACUGAUUCCAGAGACUGAUAAAACCAGCUCCGCAGAGGUGAACUGUGACGAAAGCGGUUUUAGAGUUCAAGUUGAUGUAAAGCUCUUCAACCCAGAGGACCUCCUGGUCAAAGUUACAGGAGACUUUGUCGAAGUACAAGGAAAGCAUGAAGAAAAAAAGGAUGGUGCAGGAGUUUCAACACGGCAGUUCAACCGCCGCUACCGAAUCCCAAAGGGAGUGGACACCAUGGCUUUGGAGUCAGCGGUCUCUCCAGAAGGCAUCCUCAUCAUAUCUGCACCAAUGCUGCAAACAGAGGACUCCAGCAUACCACCCUAAACCCUUCUUAUACCACUUACAUUUCUGCCGUCUUCAACAUGUAUGAACAAAAGUGCAACAUAAGCCUUUAAGAAAUAUACAGAAAUAACUUGAGGUUCCUUCAGUCACAGCAACACUCAUGCAUGCACGUGCCAAAACGCCCAUUUGUUGUUCCUGGCGCUGUUGUAAUAUUCCCUGCUCUCUUAUGUUUGUAUAUACUACUCUGCUAUUACUCAUCAAUCUUACACGAUGUUUAAAAGAACCAGUCUUUGUAAAUAUUCUGCGUUCAUAGUUCAAUGUGCUGUUUUUGCGCGCGCAACUUUUGUAAAGAAAAACACUGUACUGUUAUUAAUGAUGCACACAAAAACAUCUCCAAAAUCUUUAAUGUUGAAAUAUGUCGUGAAAAAUCCAAAAAUAAACUUUAUUUCUUUAUAAAAUAAAA